CUCCUCACUACAAACUUGUCAAUUUCGAUUGAACUCUUUUCGAAGACUUUCUCAGCCCCUUUGCAAAUAUGCAGGUCGAAGUAAACCCCAAUGAGGACACUGAGUGGAAUGACAUUCUCCGCAAGCAUGGCAUUAUCCCCGAAAAGCCCCAGGAUCCCGAACCUCUCAUUCAAGAAGCCCUGGUAGAGGCAGAGCGCAAAGCAUAUGAAAAUCGACUAGAAGAUAAGGAUUUGGACGAGCUGGACGCUCUGGAGGAUGAAGAAGAUGAGGCAUUCCUCGAACACUACCGCCAAAAACGAUUCGCCGAACUAUCUACACUCCAACAAACUAGCGUCCAUAAUCAAGUAUACCCCCUACAAAAGGUUGAUUAUGGGCGUGAGGUGACCGAUGCCUCGAACAAUUGCUUUGUGCUGGUUCACCUGAGCUCUUCGAGCGCAAACGUUGAAUCACAACGGCUAACAGAGCUAUGGAGGCAACUGGCGGCGAAAUUUGGUGACAUAAAGUUUUGCGAGAUCCGAGGCAAUAUGUGCAUCGAAGGGUAUCCGGAAAGAAACACCCCUACCAUCUUGGUUUACAGAAAUGGUGAAAUUAUGAGACAACUAGUAACUUUGAGGGAAUUGAAAGGACCGAGGACCACGAUAGAAGAUCUCGAGAAAAUGCUUCUUGAAUUGGGCGCUGUCAAAGAAAGCGACGUUCGUCUGAAGAAGAGGUCGGACUCGUCGGAAGAUGAACGUCCAUCCAAAAUCAAGUCCUCCAGACCCACCGUGGAGGAUGAUGAUGACGACUGGGACUAGAGGGCUGCUCGGUAAAUAUAAAUUCUUCAAUAUGGAACAUCGUGGUCAAUUUCGCAUGUGUGACUGCACACAAUGAACCCUUGAACAGAAAGAACACGAUAUUACAUUGCUGCCGACAUGUGCACGGUAAUCAAGCAGUGGUCACCAUACAGUUUAUUCUGGUAUCGAGCUGUAUUUCCCGGCAGAUGAUUAUAUUUACUAACUGCCUCGAUUCUACAUCCUGGCACAGUAUGUAGAGGUCCAUAUGGCCCCUUCCCCGACCACCUGUUCAUACAAGGGCUUAGGUAGGCAAUUGGUCGCAUUCCUUGACGCAGGUGUGUUCACAUCCCAUAUCAUCUCUGUAUUCUGGCAACAAUAUUUUUCAUCUUGGUAUAGG